UUCAUUGUUACAUAUUUAAAAUUAAAAAGUAAGAGGUCGAAAAUGAAGUCGCAUUUUGUCAUCAUUUUUGUAAUUCUAAAUGUAGCUUUUUUGGCUUGUUUUGCCGGCUGGUAUAUAGUUCCAGAGUAUUUAGAUGGAAUAGUUGAUAAGAAAUCUGUAGUCGUAAAAAGUACACCGGUAUUUGAAAGUUGGAAAACGCCAUACGAUUCAACAAGUAGUAAAUUCAAAAUAUAUUUUUUUAACGUUACAAAUCCAGAACAAGUGGAGAAUGGAGGUACGCCUUUUCUUAGACAAGUCGGACCAUACGUUUAUGACGUAAAAAUUGAACACAUUGAUAUUUCUGAGAACCCGGCAGAUUUUUCGGUGGAUUAUUUCAGGAAAAAAACUUACUACUUCAAUGAAAUCGAAUCAAUUGGCAAAGAUACCGAUCGUCUAACAGUUCUCAACAUAGCUCUUAUGAGUUCUGCAUUGGCAUUACACGAGUUCGUGCCUCAAAUGCUUCCAGAUCUAUCUAAAACCCUUCCUUUUUUAUAUCCUUCUUUGCACGAUAUUUUUUUAAGAGAAACCGUUAAGAACAUGGUUUUUGACGGUAUAACGUUGCAUUGUGAGCACGAGGAGACAGAAUGGUUAUGUUCGUUGUUGGGACUGAUACAAAUAAAAAACUUGAGACCAGCGCCGAAUGGGAUGGAUUAUGUUGUGUCACUUAUGACAAAUGGAAGCAUUGAUGGUCCAUUUGAAAUGUACACUGGACAAGAUAAUCUUACAAAGAGAGGAACGCUGAUAAAAUACGAAUUUGAUAACGAAUUAAACGCUUGGACAGGGGAGUGUAGAAUAAUUAAGGGUAGUGACGGUUGGUUUUUCCCGAAACCGUUAGAAAAAGAAAAGGGAAUCGACAUAUUUUUACCUGAAAUAUGCACACACAUGCAUCUUUCAUACGAACGUGAAAGUAAAGUGAAUGCCGUCGACACGAUUCGUUUUUCAUAUAAAGAAUCUGAUGUGUCAAACUUGGAUUGUUACUGUCCCAAAUUGUACAGCCACGAGAACGGUACGUCACCGAGAUGUCCCUUGCCAGGACUAAUCGAUAUCAAAUCUUGCAUCGAUUAUUCUAUACUGGUAUCUCCGCCACACUUUUACCUCUCUCAUCACUUAUUAGUUGAUAAAGUCGAAGGCUUAACACCUGAAAAAUCUCGGCACGAAUCUUAUGUUGAGAUUGAUCCGAUAACUUCGACACCUUUAGAAGCUUGUAUCAGACUCCAAUUGAACACUGAAGUUGUAAGAAUAUCAGAAUUCGAAUAUUUAUCAAAUGUUACAGAAUAUAUAGUUUUUCCGUUGGGUUGGUAUGAAAUGGCCGUAAAAGCUAAGGAUAAUGUAGAGGAGAAUGUAAAAGGUGCCUUGUUCUUAUACAAAGUAGGGUAUAUAUCAAAGUGGGUAAUAGGAUGCGUGACAAUCCUUAUCGCAGUUAUAUUUUUAAUGACUUGUACAUAUUAUCACUGUUUAUCAAAAGAAGUCAAAGAUGAAUUUUCUCCAUCGCAGAAUCUCACAAACAGUAACAAUGUUCAGUUAAACGAAAAUGGAAAGUUUGAAACUCGUAAAAUUUAGAACUUAAAAACUUUCGUUUUGCUGUCGUAUGUCUACAAGUUUUAUAUACAUCAAAUUUUAUAAAAAGAUAUUUUCCGCAGUACUUAUUACAUUUACUAUAUUAUGUUUAAUAUAUUUUGUUAAGUUUAUUGUAUUUAACGUUAUUUUUAAUCAGAAUAAGAGUUACAAACAGAAGCAUUGCAAAAAAUAAAGAAAUUUACAUCACAUCCAUUUA